AUGCAUUCACCAGAUAGAGAAGGUAGACAUAGCAACGGCUCAUCAUCAAAUGGGGAUAACUAUAAAGAUGAUGCAUCAUAUAGUAAAGAUGAUGAAGAUUUUGAUAGAAAAUUAAGAUCACCAACCAAAACAUCAGACUCUCCACCAACCUCAUCAUCCAACAACAACAGUUCAGACUCACAUGAUACACACAACAAAGGCAAUACUCUUCACGUUUCCAAUCUUAACCCAAAAACCAGAGAAGAAGAUCUCAGAGACACUUUUGCACAAUUUGGAAAAAUAGCUGAAUGUACUAUUCUUGUUGAUCCAAAUACUAAAGAAUCAAGAGGUUUUGGUUUCGUUACAUUUUUAUCGAGUGAUGAGGCUACAGAUGCAAUUUCUCGUUUAGACUCUUCAAAGUUAGAUGGUAAUGUUAUUAGAGUAGAAAAAUCAAGAAGAUCAAAACCAAGAGAUCCAACCCCAGGAUUUUAUAUGGGAAGUGAAAGAAAAAAAAGAGCACCAUAUGGAAAUUAUGGACAUGGUCAUGGACAUGGACAUGGACACGGUCAUCAUCACCAUCAUCACAGAGAUCCACGUGGAGGAUCAUAUCCACCAUAUCCAUAUCCAAACUAUUCUAAAUAUCCACCACCAGCAAUUCCAACAGCUCCAUAUGGUGGUAUGGGAUAUUAUGCAGGUUCAUAUCCAUCAUAUCCAUCAUACCCAUCUUAUGGCGGUCCAACUAAAUAUAAUGACAGAUACUCACCAUAUAGCAGAAGAGACGACAGAGAUAGAGGAAGAUCAUCUUCAUCAGGUGUAGACCACGAUCGUGAUAGAGGAAGAGAUAGCGACAGAGGUGGUAGAGAUAGAGAUAGUUACUAUAGAAGCAGAGAUUCACAUUAA